AUGACUGAGAAUCGUGAUAGACGUAUGCUUUCUCAUAGUGCCUUGGCUGUCCCACCCUGGCAUUGUCCCAAAUCCGAUGAGAUUUUGCGAGAUUUGCCGAAGAGUAAACACGUCCUUGAAGAAGAAGAAAAUAUUACCGCACCACCCAAAUUUGGGGGAGGGGAUUUGUCUUUCCUUCUUGUGGGUACGAGAAUUAAACCCUGGCAAAACAAUGCCUCUUUUUGCUUACAGAUCUCAGAUUCCAGGUCAGCUACUGGCCUCUUUACAAAAACAGUGGGUCAGUUGGGGAACCAAAUCAAAGAGAGCGGAGAUGCGCACGAAUAUGAUUCGGGAAAUGCAACUUCUUCCCCUCCGUCCGUUCAGACCAGCACAUCCAGGUCAAAAGACAGCCAAGAAAACAAGGGUGAAGCCCCCGAUGGCUUCGGCCAGGCCUUCUCUCCCGGGAAAACCGGCAGCGUCAGCAGUCCCGAUUCGGGGAAUUCACUGCACAGCUACAGCUCCCAAGCCAAAGGGACGGUUUUGGAAGAACCGAGUCCAUCUCCCCGGGAUCUGUGCAAAGAUCAAAAUGGAGAGCCUUGGCCAUCUCUUGAGCCUCUUGAAAAGAAGAAGGACGACAUUGUCUCGCCCCCAUUUUCCAGUUCUCCACUUCAGCCAUGUCUUCGAAAUGUAUCUCCUUCUAGCAGGUCAUCUCUGGACUCUAGCCACUCUGGACCCUUUCAUCACAAGGUGAGACGCAGAUCUUCACCAAGCCCAUCUUGUUGUUCAUCAAAAUCAAGAUUCUCUUCCCGUUCUCCUAGUUACUCUCCUAUGUCCUGCAAGAGAGCGACUGGAAGCAGGAAUUCGAGAUCCCGACGCAGCCCCAGCUACUCCCAAUACAGGGCUGGCAG